AUGGACUCCGGUGCCUUCCCAAGUGUUAUGAUCCCAGACCAAUGGUUCACAAAUACCGGGACAGACCAAACCCCAUCAUUUUAUUCUCAAGAUUCAUCUUCUAAUCAGGAGAAGUUAUCCGCUCAACAACACAAUAUUGCAAACAACAAUAAUCCUACUUUGAGCCUCGGUCACAUGUCAAACAACCCACCGCAGUCAAACCCAACGGAAUUUUCGCAUCUCAACGAAUCAAGCUUCACAUUUGACCAGUAUGAUCUCCCCCCCAUCAAUACCCUCCCACCGUCUCAAUUCAACACUCGUCCAUCGUUGCCACCGUCAGCCUCUGAUCCUUCAACAAUAUCUCGGUCUCACAAACGUACACAUAGCUCCUUCCAAUCGGGUACUGUAAAAAAGGACACCGAAGAGCAAAAGGAUUCUGAGAACACGUCACUUUUUCAUGAUGUCAAUGAUAAGCAGCACGUAGAUGAGCAUGGCAAGCAGACAGUUUCCGGGCUGAGAUCAGAGGUCCGGCAAUACGCGUUCAAAGUGACGGAGCAGUUCAACAUAGUUAGAAAAGUAACAAAGGACUUGCAGGAUAGAGUAACCCCUCGCAUAAACGAGUAA